GCAGAAAAGUAUUAAUUAUUGAAACAAAAACUUAGAACUUUAUAAGUGACAUUUUGUGAGAUUUUAAAAGUUUAAAGUGAAUUUUGAGUAAAUUAAUUCAAAAUUGAUACUCAAAUCAUGACUAUGGGCGAGGAGAGUAUAGAAAUUGGAGACGCUUUGCCUCCGCCUGAAAUUGUUGAAACUCCUGAAGAAAGAUAUGAACGUUUGCUGAGACGAGCCAAAACUGAAGAUUUGACCGAAGUUUCUGGCAUCGGAUGUUUAUACCAGAGUGGAGUCGACAGAUUGGGCAGGCCCGUCGUCGUCUUCUGCGGAAAAUGGUUCCCUGUCAAUAAUUUAAAUUUGGACAAGGCUCUUUUAUAUCUGAUCGCUCUAUUGGAUCCGAUCGUAAAAGGAGAUUACGUGAUCGCCUACUUCCAUACUCUGACGUCAAACAACAACUACCCUUCGUUCGCCUGGCUGAGGGAGGUUUACAGCAUAUUGCCAUACAAAUAUAAGAAGAAUUUGAAAGCCUUCUAUAUCAUUCAUCCUACGAUCUGGACGAAGAUGAUGACAUGGUGGUUCACAACUUUCAUGGCUCCAGCAAUCAAACAAAAAGUACAUUCUUUACCAGGAGUAGAACAUUUAUAUUCUGUGAUGACACCAGAUCAGUUGGAAAUUCCUGCUUAUAUCACCGAAUACGAUAUGACGAUCAACGGUUUACAUUAUUUCCAACCAGGACAGACAACUGCGGCCACGUAAUAUAGCGUUCUAUGUCCGAGAACAAAAAAUUUAAAAGCAAAUCAAAAUUAUUCCAUAACAUAUGAAGAGAUUCAUCCCUUAACUUAUAAGUCGUUAGUUGAUAAUAAUCAAAGUGAAUGAAACAUUAUCAUAAUUAAUAUUUUAUAUUUAAUUUUAAUUUUAAUUUUAGAAUCAUAUUUGAAGUUGGAGCGUUAUAACAAUUAAUAAAUUUUUUUCAUCAUUAAGUGUAAAAAGUAAUAUUUAGUAGGCAUUAAGUACUUACAAAGUAAUUAAAAGUAUCACACGAGAAAGUGUUUAG